AAGAGGCCGCCGCUUGUCACGACGAGCGAUUCACGGCGUCACCCUGGUGGAAAUCAGACAGAAAUAUCGCUAGUUCGUUGUCCUCCUGAUUCGUUCAGAGCCUGUAGCCAACUGUGCGGUGAACUAAACGGUGUCAUCGUUGAAGUCUGUGGAAACCUGUCAACUUAAGCACCAAAAUGAAGGUCGGCUACUGGGACAUUCGUGGACUGGCACAACCUAUUCGUUAUCUGCUCGCUUACAAGGAGGUCGAUUACGAGGACAAACGAUACUCUUGCGGACCCCCGCCCGACUUCGAUUUAUCGCAGUGGUUCAAUGAGAAAUUUACUCUAGGUCUUGAUUUUCCCAAUUUACCGUAUCUCAUCGACGAAGAUGUGAAACUCACUCAGAAUUUAACUAUCCUUCGAUAUCUGGCACGCAAGUACGAUCUGGAUGGCCAGACCUCUGAGGAGAAACGACGCGUGGAUCUCAUUGAACAACAGCUUACGGAUUUCCGUACCGGCUGGGUGCGGCUUUGCUAUUCACCUACGUUUGCUGAGGAACGCGAUGCCUACGAACAAAAAUUACCUGACUUGUUAAAACCAUUCAGUGACUAUCUUGGCGAAAGACCAUACUUUGCUGGCGAUCGUCUAACUUAUGUAGAUUUCCUCGUAUAUGAGAUGUUGGCCCAACAUCUCGUGUUUAGCAAAACUAGCUUCGCUGCCUACAAGAACUUAAUCGACUUCGUUGAACGUAUCGAAGCUUUGCCCACCCUCAAGAAGUAUCUGGACAGUGACAGCUGCAUCAAAUGGCCCUUCAAUGGAGACAUGGCAAGCUUCGGUGGACGUCUACAGGAGCAACCGUUUUAGAAAGAAGAGAAAUUAUUCCUUUGAUAUAAUGUUGUUAAUGCGUGCAUAUGAUGCGCGAAAUCCCUACCUUCAAAGGAAAAGUGCUUUUCAAUACAGAUUUAACCUACGCCUAUCAAUAGGCUGAUUGCUCCUGCCUAAAAUUUUCAAUAAAAAUGUCACUAAUUUAUUACGACUACAUAAACGAAAAAAAAAAGCGUAAUUAUUUGGAAAGUGUCCAGCCAACAGGCUUGUUAACUCUGAAUGGUGUGUGGUAAAAAUAAAAAUUAUUUCGCUACUGACACUA